AUGGCCUUUGCGCCGGUGGGGCCUGAGGCUUCGUUCUUCGAGGUUUUGGACCAACACAGGGCUUCGCUGCUGGCCGCCCUGAGGAGAGGCGGUGGGGAGCCCGCGGACGGGGGGACGCGCCUGGCCUCGAGUUCUGAGGUUCUUGCAUCUAUAGAAAGUGUUAUUCAAGACGUCAUCACCAGCCUGGCAAGAAAUAAAGCUCCCGUGUUCACAAUAGACAACAGAUCAAGCUGGGAAAAUAUAAAGUUUGAAGAUUCUGUGGGUCUUCAGAUGGUCCCUCAUUGUACCAGGAGAAAAAUCAAAAGUGAUUCACCAAAAUCAGUUAAAAAUUUUGCUCUCAUUCUUAAAAUAUUGUCCAUAAUUUAUAAAUUGGUACAGAGCAACACUCACGCAACCAAAAGAGACAUAUAUUAUACUGACAGCCAACUUUUUGGUAACCAGACGGUUGUGGACAAUAUUAUCAACGACAUUUCUUGUAUGUUAAAAGUGCCGAGGAUGAGUCUACAUAUAUCAUCCACGUCAAAAGGUUUAAUUGCUGGCAACUUAAGGUAUAUCGAGGAAGACGGAACCAAAGUGCACUGUACCUGUGGUACAACAGCUGUUGCCGUGCCAUCUAAUAUUCAAGGUAUUCGAAAUAUAAUUACAGAUGCAAAAUUUCUGUUAAUUGUGGAAAAAGAUGCGACCUUUCAGCGACUCCUGGAUGACAACUUUUGCAACAGGAUGUCUCCGUGCAUUAUGGUUACGGGAAAGGGGGUACCUGAUCUGAACACGAGACUUUUAGUCAAGAAGCUGUGGGAUACGUUUCACAUUCCUGUUUUCACUCUUGUGGACGCCGACCCACAUGGCAUAGAAAUAAUGUGCAUCUAUAAGUAUGGAUCUAUGGCGAUGUCUUUUGAAGCCCAUAAUCUCACAGUUCCAGCUAUUAGAUGGCUUGGUCUCCUCCCUUCUGAUAUUAAACGAUUAAAUAUACCUAGAGAUUCUUUAAUUCCACUGACAAAACGGGACCAGAUGAAACUGGACAGUGUCCUGAAAAGACCUUAUGUUACUUGCCAACCAUUUUGGAGAAAAGAAAUGGAAAUAAUGGCGGACUCUAAAAUGAAGGCAGAAAUUCAAGCUUUGACCUUCCUUUCAUCAGAUUACCUUUCCAGAGUGUACUUACCUAACAAAUUAAAAUUUGGAGGAUGGAUAUAAAACGUAUCAGAAUAUACCUUGUGAUUCCAAGAGGCUUUUCAUUAGUUUUCAGUAGUAGAUA